AACUGGACCAAAAAUACUUGGUAAAACUUUGUGUUUUUGCAGUGCUUAAUGUGGUUAAAUCCUCAUGUGAGGAACCUCGUCACUAAAAUGACCUUAUCUGUUUAUCUGCAGUCCUGCUACUUGACCUGAAUGAAAUGUAAUUGAGUAGCGUGGAUAGUAUUGAUUCCCAGAGCCGCAGCGGUUUGUCCGACCUGCAGGACGUCAGCAGGGAGGAACGGAGGAGAAGGUAGAGGGAAGACAAAUAAAGCCAUAAAGGGAUGCUUUGAGUCAGCCAGAGAGGGGUGGAAGCUGGAGGCUGCAUUGCAGACAGAGAGUGAGCAGGUUGGGGUGCUGGAGGAACGAAGCGACAAAGAUUCAGGCUGCAGAGAGAAGCUGAUUCUGCAGAGAGGAGAGCGGAAAACCUGAAUCUUUGACCCUCAGAUUUCAUCCUUCAGGGCCGACUGUUGGGAUCAGGAGUCGGGAUGGAGAGUAACUGCAACCCAAAAGCUGCAGCGACAUCAUCUGCAGGCUGAAAGCCUCGGAUCAAUCCCAGCUUGGGGGGUUGGAGGGUCUCCAUGCCCCGGGACGGGACCAGGAGCUAGAGGGAGGAGGGUAGGCGGAGGAGGCCGGCCCCCAGGCAGGGAGGAGGGUGGCGGGCUGAGCUGCCAGCUGUAUUUUUGGAUGUGGGAUCUCCUGAAUUAAGCGAGCAAGCUGGAAUAAAGAUUUAGUGUGAGCUGGAGAAGGGAGGGGGCCAGAACAAGGAGAGUGCUGUGCUGAGGAGAGGCGACGGCUGGACGUCCCGGCUGGACGGACGGAGAUCUGGGGGGGAGACGAACACACAGGGUCCACUGGAUCAGGAAGAUGCCCUCUCGCUGCAGGAAUGCGCUGAACAUCGUGGUCACCACCCUGUUUGCUGCAGUGGUUCUGUUCACCAUCCUGCUGGCCUACAUCACAGGUUACCAGUUCAUCCACACCGAGCAGCACCACCUCUCCUUCGGCCUCUACGGCGCCUUCCUCUCCCUCCACCUCUUCCUCCAGAGCCUCUUCGCCUUCCUGGAGCACCGGCGGAUGCGGAGCCCGGCUCGGCCUCAGCACCUGCGCCGCUCCGUCGCCCUCUGCAUCGCCGCCUACCAGGAAGACCCGGACUACCUGAGGAAAUGCCUGCGCAGCGUCCGUCGGAUCUCCUUCCCGGGCUUGAAGGUGGUGCUGGUGGUGGACGGGAACCGGCCGGAGGACCGAUACAUGAUGGAUAUUUUCCAGGAGGUGAUGGGCGGAGCGGAGCAGGCCGGCUGCAUGGUGUGGAAGGGGAACUUUCACAGCGAUGGCACGAAAGGAGGAGGUGUUGGAGGAGGGAAGAGGAGCGCGGUGCACAUGGAGGAAGCGUCCCGGGUGGCCCGGCUGGUUAAAGGCCGCCGCUACUCCUGCGUCAUGCAGGAGUGGGGCGGGAAGAGGGAGGUGAUGUACACCGCCUUCAAAGCUCUGGGUGACAGCGUGGAUUAUGUUCAG